UUAGGUAGAAGUGGCUUUAUCGUGCGUUGAAAGUCCUCUUGUUUGUGAGUUAAUAUAAAAAGGUGAUUCUUUGUUGUACUUUUGGAUUUGGAGAAACCCGGAAACAAUAUUUAGGUUGUAUUCGUGAAACUGCUCGACAAUGACCUCGUUUAAAGUUCUGCGUGCAAGUGGCUUGGCGAAUGCGCUGUUUUCACGAAACGUAGCACCUACGACGGUGGGCAUAAGGACAUUGGUGGGCAGCCGAAGUAACUGUGACGUCACGCUGACCAGAUAUUUCAGCAGCAAACCGAACAUAAUGGCGACAUUGGACGAAGUGCAAGCUAAAGUACGAAGCAGGGAUCCAAACCAAACUGAGUUUUUGCAGGCGGUGGACGAGGUGCUCAUUUCAUUGAAACCGUUAUUCGAUCGCUACCCCAAGUACUUGUCAGUUUUGCCAGCAGUGUGCGAGCCAGAAAGGGUGGUACAAUUCCGAGUACCAUGGCAGGAUGACAAGGGUGACAUACAAAUAAACCGAGGCUUCAGAGUCCAGUUUAAUCAGGCCAUUGGCCCGUACAAGGGAGGCUUGCGUUUCCACCCAUCGGUCAAUCUGUCAAUCAUCAAGUUUCUGGGCUUCGAGCAAAUAUUCAAGAACGCACUCACGACACUUCCAAUGGGAGGCGGCAAAGGUGGGUGCGAUUUUGAUCCAAAGGGAAAAACUGACAGCGAAGUUCUCAGGUUUUGCCAGAGCUUCAUGACGGAGUUGUUCAAACACAUUGGCCCGGAUACCGACGUCCCCGCUGGAGAUAUUGGGGUCGGGGGUCGAGAAAUUGGCUUCAUGUUUGGACAGUACAAACGUAUUACAAACUGCCACCAAGGAGUGCUGACCGGUAAAGGAUGGGGUUGGGGAGGUUCGCUUAUACGACCAGAAGCAACAGGUUACGGAUUGGUGUACGCGCUCGACUUUGCGAUGAAAGAUGUCGGAGAAAGCCUUGCCGGGAAAACAGUAACGUUAUCUGGUUCUGGGAACGUGGCACAGUUCGCAGCAGAGAAAUGUCUGGAACUUGGUGCAACUGUGCUUACUUUCAGCGACUCUGCUGGAACUAUUUACGAGCCGAAAGGUUUUGACUCGAAAAAAUUGAAGCAGCUUGUUGCUAUCAAAGAAGCACGAGGCCGAUGCAAAGAAUACUUGGCUCACUCCAAAACCGCACAGUACUUUGAAGGGAAGCGACCAUGGGGGGUAAAGUGUGACGUAGCGUUGCCGAGCGCGACGCAAAACGAGAUCGAAAAGGCUGACGCCGACAGUUUGGUAAAGAAUGGUUGUAAAUAUGUAUUCGAAGGAGCUAAUAUGCCGUCCAACAACGACGCUAUCGAAGUGUUUAAAAACAACAAAGUGGUUUACUUCCCAGCAAAGGCCGCAAAUGCUGGUGGUGUGGCAGUGUCUGGGUUGGAAAUGGCUCAGAACUCUGGCAGAGUUCACUGGACAAGGGAAGAGGUUGAUAAUAAACUAAAAGGAAUAAUGGAGAACAUAUACACAACAUGUCGGGACACUGCAGCUGAUUUGGGACACCCAGGUGACUUCCAGCUUGGAGCAAAUGCUGCAGGGUUUAAGAAAGUAGCCGAUGCAAUGUUUGACCAAGGUCAAGUGUUCACAAACAGCAAAUAAACAGGAGCUUCACUGUGGCUUAUCAUUCAUGGCAAGAUAUUGUUGUGAACACCAUAUCCACUUGCCCACUAAUUUUAUAUUCGGAUUGCUGGAAUGUUUUUAGCCGAUUUCAUAUUUCAAAACAAUGUUGAAACUUUUACAGGCCCUUAUAAGAAACUUGUGUUUCUAAUUUAGUUUAAUUUAGCUUUUAGUGAUUUUUAUGUAAAAAUCUGUACAGAUUGUAACAUUGGUGUAUGAAACAGCAUCAAAUAUAACAGAGCUUCAUAUAACUUAAA